CCACCAUGCAGAACCUGAACGACCGCCUGGCCACCUACCUGGAGAAGGUCCGCAAGCUGGAGCAGGCCAACGCCGAGCUGGAGCUGAAGAUCCGACAGUUCCUGGAGAGCAAGUCCUCGCCGUCCUCCCGAGACUACAGCGCCUACUACGCCACCAUCGCAGAACUGCAGGGGAAGAUCAUAGACGCCACCAAAAUCAACGGUGGCAUCUACCUGAGCAUCGACAACGCCAAGCUGGCCGCCGACGACUUCCGCCUCAAGUUUGAGAACGAGCUGGCCAUGCGCAUGUCGGUGGAGGCCGACAUCGCCGGGCUGAGGCGAGUCCUGGACGAGCUGACCAUGUCCAGAACCGACCUGGAGAUGCAGAUCGAAGGCCUGAGGGAGGAGCUCAUCUACCUGAAGAAGAACCACGAGGAGGAUCUGAUGUCUGCCAAAACUUCGAUGAGCGGCCAGGUGAACGUGGAGGUGGACGCCGCUCCUCAGGAGGACCUGACCAAGGUCAUGGACGAGAUCAGGGAGCACUACGAGGCCGUCGCCGCCAAGAACCGCAAAGAGCUGGAGGCCUGGUUCCAGUCCAAGACAGAGUCUCUGAACAAAGACAUCGCAGUCAGCACCGAGACGAUGCAGACGUCCAGGUCCGAGCUCACAGAUCUCAAGCGGAUGCUCCAGAGUCUGGAGAUCGAGCUGCAGUCGCAGCUCAGCAUGAAAGCCGGGCUGGAGGGAACCCUGUCUGAGACGCAGAGCCGCUACUCCAUGCAGCUGGUGGGCUACCAGAACCAGGUGAGCAUGCUGGAGCAGCAGCUGGUGCAGCUGAACGCUGACAUGGGGAGACAGUCGCAGGAGUACCAGCAGCUGCUGGACAUCAAGACCAGGCUGGAGAUGGAGAUCGCAGAGUACAGGAGGCUUCUGGACGGAGAGGGCGGCGGCAGGUGA